UCACGUUUUACUUUAUUAGGUGCAUUAAAUAAAUAUUUAAAAAUGACUAACAUAUCAGCCGAAGAUUUCUUAAAAGAAUUUAACACCUCUGGUUUACCUGCUGAAGCGUUGGAAGAAUUUAAACAAAUUGAAGAACUCUACACUAAAAAACUGUGGCACCAACUGACUGAAAGUCUCGUUCGAUUUGUAAAGUAUGAUUGCUUUAAACAGGGAACAAUGUUGCUUGAUAUAUACAAACAUUUUAUCAGUGAUUUUGAAAGCAAGAUAAAUCCACUUGCGCUGAUGGAAAUGUUAUGUCCGUUUGUAAUUCGCCAAUUCUCAGACUCUGCAGAGGCAUUGGCAUUUUUGGAGAAAAUAAAAGAAAAAAGCAAAGCUAACCUGGAAGCAAAACUUCUGUGUCUAACUGCUAUUGGAAACAUUCAUUUGCUUGGAAACAACUUUGAGGCCACUAAGAAAGUUAUGGAAGAAUGUGAAGCAAUAUUGGGUGAUCUGACUGGUAUUUCAUCAGUCCAUGGAAGAUAUUACGAACUGUGUAGUAAUUAUCAUCAAAUACUAAGCCACCACAAUGAGUAUUACAAAGAUGCUUUAAGAUAUCUAGGAUGUACUGACCUGGAUACGAUAUCAGUACCUGAACAACAAGAGAGAGCCUUUAACCUCGGUUUAGCUGGAAUAUUAGGUGAUAAAGUGUUCAACUUUGGAGAAUUGUUGCAACACCCAGUGUUAGACUCCCUGAAAGACACGCCACGUCAGUGGUUGAUUGAUUUACUUCUUACUUUCAACUCUGGUGACAUUGAACAACUUAAUCAACUUCGUCCAUACUGGAGUGCACAGCCGGAUUUGAUCGCAAAUGAGUUAAAAUUGAAACAGAAGAUAAUGUUGCUUUGUUUAAUGGAGAUGACAUUUGCACGACCAUCAAACAACCGGCAUUUAAAGUUUACAGAAAUAGCUACAAACACUGGAAUCCCAGUAGAGGAAGUUGAAAUAUUAGCGAUGAAAGCGAUGUCAUUGGGUUUAGUGCAAGGUACCAUUGAUCAGGUUGAGGAGGAAAUCCAUAUGCAGUGGGUACAACCGAGGGUACUGGACAAACAACAGGUUGGUAAAAUGAAAGGCAAGUUAUCAACAUGGUGUAAUGAUGUCUUAUCCAUGGAAUCUCUCGUUUCAUCAAACGCUCAAGAAAUUCUCACUUAAUUGUUGAUCAUACAAUGUUGGGAACUGGAUAUUACGUGAAGUUGGACGAUAUAUUAUGCUGCAUUGUAAAGUUCCAGCAGAAGAAUUUUCGAAAACUAUUUGCUGAACCUGCAUUUAUGUAUGUUGUGAGAAAUAAACAAAACCUUUUGUUGUUGAUUCCUUAGAAACCAGCACCUUCUUCUGAAUAAAAACCCUAUCUUGGAGUAAA